GAGCGAGCAUGUGCAGGUGGCAGUGGUGCUCGCUCGCUGACUGACGCUUGCGAUGUCCCGGGCAGCAGCUGGCACUCACGUUAUUCCCAACAUUGAGCUGAUACUCGCCCCGUCCGUCUAUAUCAUCAUCGACCUCCUCGACGCCUCUCUCUCCUCCCCCAUUCCCACAUUCAUAGACCCACCGCUCCUACUAAAAUGGCCAACGCUCCCCACGGUGGUAUCCUCAAGGACCUCGUCGCCCGCGACGCUCCUCAGCACAUUGCCCUCGCUGAGGAGGCCCGUGGCCUCAAGGACAUUUUCCUCACCGAGCGCCAGCUCUGUGACCUCGAGCUCAUCCUCAACGGCGGCUUCUCCCCCCUCGAGGGCUUCAUGAACGAGCGCGACUACAAGAGCGUCGUCGAGACCCUCCGCCUCGCCCCCACCAACGGCCACCGCCAGGGCACCCUCUUCCCCAUCCCCAUCACGCUCGAUGUCUCGCAGGAGGACAUUGCCCGCCUCGAGCUCAAGGCUGGCGCGCGCGUCGCCCUCCGCGACUUCCGUGACGAUGCCGCCCUGGCCAUCCUCACCGUCGAGGACAUUUACCGCCCCGACAAGGCUGUCGAGGCCGAGAAGGUCCUCGGCGCCGACGACAAGGCUCACCCGGCUGUCGCGUACCUCCACAACCAGACCAAGGAGUUCUACGUCGGCGGCAAGGUCCAGGCUGUCCAGGCGCCUACGCACUACGACUACGUCUCGCUCCGCUUCACGCCCGCCGAGCUCCGCGCCCACUUCAAGAAGCUCGCCUGGCGCAAGGUCGUCGCCUUCCAGACCCGCAACCCCAUGCACCGUGCCCACCGUGAGCUGACGGUCCGCGCCGCCCGCCAGCACCGCUCCAACGUCCUCAUCCACCCUGUUGUUGGCCUCACCAAGCCCGGAGACGUCGACCACUACACCCGUGUCCGCGCCUACCAGGCUCUGAUGCCCUCGUACCCCGAGGGUCUUGCCCACCUCGCCCUCCUCCCCCUUGCCAUGCGCAUGGCUGGUCCCCGUGAGGCCGUGUGGCACGCCAUCAUCCGCAAGAACUACGGCGCCACCCACUUCAUUGUUGGUCGUGACCACGCCGGCCCCGGCAAGAACUCGCAGGGCAAGGACUUCUACGGCCCCUACGACGCCCAGGAGCUCGUCACCCAGUACAAGGACGAGCUCGACAUCGACAUGGUCCCCUUCCAGGCCAUGACCUACCUCCCCGGCUCGGACGAGUACCAGCCCGUCGACGAGGUCCCCAAGGGCACCCCCACCGCCGACAUCUCGGGCACCGAGCUCCGCAAGCGUCUCCGCACUGGCGCCGCCAUCCCCGACUGGUUCUCGUACACUGGUGUCGUCAAGGUCCUCCGCGACUCGUACCCCCCUCGCCCCAAGCAGGGCUUCACCAUCCUGCUCACGGGUCUCCACAACUCGGGCAAGGACACGAUCGCGCGUGCCCUCCAGGUCACGCUCCAGCAGCACGGUGGCCGCUCGGUUACGCUUCUGCUCGGUGAGCAGAUCCGCGCCGAGCUCUCGCCCGAGCUUGGCUACUCGCCCGACGACAAGCACACCAACUCGGUCCGCAUUGGCUUUGUCGCCUCCGAGCUCACCAAGGCCGGCGCCGCUGUCAUCGCUGCCCCCACUGCUGCUUACGAGCGCUCUCGCAAGGCCAUCCGUGACGCCGUCACCGGCCCCGGUGGCAACUUCUUCCUCGUCCACGUCGCCACUCCCCUCGAGCACUGCCAGAAGGCCGACCGCCGCGGUCUCUACAAGCGCGCCCGCACUGGCGAGCUCGACGACUACGAGGCGCCCACCAACGCCGACUUUACGUGCGACCUCCGCACCGACUCGGUCCCCGAGAUUGUGCACUCGAUCAUCAUGAUCCUCGAGAGCCAGAACCUCAUCUAAACAAUACACGCGACUCUGCCGCUUAGCUGCCGUCUCUGCCUCCUCCUCUGUACAACGCUGGAAGGGUGUUUUUGCAUUAUUAAACCACAUUAGUAGAACAAUGCCACUUUGUAUUAUGUUUGAUUACAA